AUGUACCUUAAGUCUAAUCCCGGAAAGAGCAAAUCGAAGCAAGACAAGGAUGCGAUUGCUGAGGGUUACACGCCAGGGGAGAAUGUGUUGCCAAAGAUCAAGAAGAAGAGAGAAACAGCAGAGGAGGUAGAGGACCGCAGAAUGGUUGAAGAGGCCAGAGAAUUAAGCUUGAGAGACGUCGGCCUACGAAAUACUGGGUAUGAGAGGGGUGUACGGCAUCGAGCAAGAGAAGCUGCAAGAGAGGCCCAAUCAAGAGAUGUGAAUCGCGGAGGGGGACCUACAGAUGAGACAGCAAGGGCACGGGAAAUCGAGCACCAAUCUAGUCUACGGUCUAUCGUGAGCAGGUCUGAUCUAGGUGACUCGGAGGAUAUGGAGGAAGAAAUCCUACGGCAAAUCAUGGAGGAUGGGAUACUCGACGGCAUCGAUUUGCACAACCUUGAUGUCUCCCAGGAAGAAGAGCUUAGUGAAAAGAUUGCCGAUGCCUAUAGGCGACGACACCGGUCCCAUAGGAGACCUAGGUCAAGAGACGACCGAUCCGUUGAUCAAAGGCCGGCUUCUCAAGACCAUGACCCAGCAGCAGAGCAGGGUCGGUCUAGGAGGCAAGCAGACUCGGGGAUUUCAUCAGAUCGAUCUACACAGGCGGCCCAUCCGCCAGUGUCGAGACCACAUCUUUUAGAGGCUUAUCCUAGAUCGCAAGGCCAUCAACGUAGGACUUCGAGUGAGAACCGAAGUCGGACAAAUCCUACCCCUCCUUCCCAUUCACGCACCGCACUGGACACCCAAACGCAAGCUGCUAGGUCUGCCACAGACCUUGCAAGUCGACAGCACCAAUCCGAACGAUCGUCGUCAGGGCGAAGCGAGGCAUCCCAUCGCCCCCAGCAGGGCAGCAGCCCAGAAGUUCAUCAACUCAGUCCACAGUCAAGAGAGCAUUCUCAUCAAGUAUCUUCGUCAAGGAGUUCGCAAGGACGGGCCAAUAGCUCUCCGACGGUAGCAACUGCUCAAAUGGCCUCAACACCUGCUACUCAAUCGCCAAGUCCGAAUUCAACAGUGCAUGCCGUAGAGCAAAUGCGCAAUCGGUCCGCGGACAAUGCCGUCGAGAGCCUAGUCAGACUACCUCAAUCUCAGUCAGAUGCUACUUCCAGCUCACGCCAACUUCAGACCUACACUGAGCCAUUCCUUGAUUCCAAUGCGAAAGCGGAGACUACAAUAUAUGUCACCAGUGCUGUCUCACUGGCAAGGGUUGUCUCCACUGGUAUGGUUUUGGCAACGCAGCAAAUCAGCGAUUUGAACGCCAAGCACCGUCAGGUGGCUAUCCUUCGAAUCUCGAGCUCCCUCACCGACUGCAAGGCCAGAAGUAUCUCCGUCCUCAAGACUCUGCCCGUUCGACGACGUCCUCCAAAGCGACAACGUCCAAUCCAGCAUCGCGCCUUCAAUCCGGCCCCUUCUGCUCCACAUGUUCCGCCUUCACGCCCUCCUACUACUGGCAAUGCGGUAUCUGUAACGAAGGAGAAUGGGGUUAUUGCAACCCAUGCGUUAACCAAGAUCGGUGCUCUCCUAAAACGCGGCAUCAUCACCCCGGAAAACGGCCCAAAAGGCUGGCGAAGAUGUCCGAACAAAGGCCACAGAAUGAUGAUCGUAGGCUUCGAAGACGGAGUAGACGGGCAGCGACGUGUCAUAGUCGAAGGAGUGAUCGGUGGCUGGGCACUGGACGAGAGCGCAAUCACGGACUUCAACACCAACACCAACACCAGCGCCGAUAGCGGAGGGAAUAGUGGAAAGGCAGAACCAGAAUGGAGCUGGCGAGAAGGGUCAGAGAAACGCAGGGCGAAGACCGUGCAUAGGCAUUCUGCCUCCCAUGCCUCCUCCUCUACUAACCCUACAGCUACCAAUCUCGAGAAGGUGGGUGGAGAUAAAGUCUUCCCGCCCUCAGGGGGCGUGGGUCUCCGCGUAGUAGCGCUGUGGAGCUAUUGGCCGCAAGAGGGGGUGGAGGAUGAGCUUGGGUUUCCCAAAGGGGCGGAGAUCAGGGAGUGUGAGAAUAUCAAUGAGGAUUGGUUUUGGGGGAUUUACUGUCGCCGAAAGGGGCUGUUUCCUGGAGGCUAUGGUCGGGUUAUUGGACGUGUGGGGAUGUAG